AGCCGACGAAUCGGCCUCCAAGCAUAUCCUCCAGCUGAACGUGCCCCAAUACAUCGCCACCGACCCGAUCCUGAUCCCGACUGGGAAGCUAGAAUCCGUCAAGAACACUCCGCUGGAUUUCAUCCAGCCGGCUGAGAUCGGCUCGCGCUUCAAAGAGACUGCCGGUCUUUGCGGCCAGGACUGCAUCGGAUACGACAAUGCUUUGGUGUAUGAUGUCAAUCGGCCCAUCGACGCUCCAGUGAUGGCAAUGUGGAGUCAACAGUCAGGUAUCAAGAUGUCAGUGAUUACCGAUCAAAUAGGUGUUCAAGUUUACACCUGUAACGCUAUCGUCCCUAAGAAAAAGAACAUCCCACCGGUCCCUCGGAAAAAAUCUCAGAAUGGGCCGGAUGCGGUUUAUGAGAAUCAUUCCUGUGUUGCAAUCGAACAACAGGGGUUAAUCGAUGCCAUCAAUCAUCCAGAGUGGAAGAUCAACAGCAUUUAUGGACCUGAUCGACCCUAUGAAUGGAACACCAUUUACGAAUUCUCGACUAUUUGAAUCCGCAUUUUUCUUUUAUUCCUUCCUAGCUCAAGCAUUUUUUUAAUGCGCGAACCCAUCAUCAUUCGCAAGACAUAUAUGCCGAUCGUCUGGGUCAUUGUAGUCAAUUUAAGUCAGCUCGACUGGCUACUCUUGAUACUAAGAU